UUUCAGCACCAUGACCAAGCGCAAGGCAACCAGUUCGAGCCCGAGUCUCCUCGAGCCGUUCGAGGUCUUGGUCACCGAUGGCGCCGACAAGCCAUCGCUGGGCAUCGUCCGGGACAUGGUCCUCGACCUCUUCCUCGACAGCAACAUUGACGCGAUGCAGUACCUCGUCAUGCUCGUGCUCACGGACGCUUCGCCCAGCACGGUCGCCGCAGCGCCUGUCGAUGGCCUUCAGUUUAGCGUGCGCCUCGCCGACGGCGACGCGAUCCCCAAGGUCGACGCGACGCUGCUGUACACACCGACGACCAAGGUUGACCAGGAAGCUGCGAAGAAGAUGCAGAAAAAGCUUGUCAAGAAGAAGAUCAAGAAGCUCAAGAAGGCCCAGGAAGAGAUGGGCCCAUCGUUCUACGUGGCGUCGGACAGCGAAAUCGCCGAGUACUUUCGGGCACUGCCGUUCGAGACCAAGGUUGCGGACGACGGUACCGCGUUUGUCGCGACCGCGCCGUCGAGCGCACCCUCCUCCCAUCGAAUGCUCGCGCUCGACUGCGAAAUGUGCAAGACGACGCGGGGCGUCGAGCUCACGCGCAUCUCGAUCGUCGACGAAGACUACAAGGUGCUCUUGGACGAAUUUGUCUUACCCGAGUGUCGGAUUGUCGACUAUUGCACCCAGUUUUCGGGCAUUACAAAAGAGACAUUGGAAGGCUGCACCAACACACUAACCGAUAUUCAAGCCAAAGUCCUCGACCUCGUCACGUCAGACACGAUCCUCGUCGGCCACUCGAUCGAGAACGACCUCUUGGCGCUGCGCUUGCUGCACCGCCGCGUUCUGGAUACGUCGCUCUUGUACCCGCACCCCAAGGGCCCGCCGUUCCGGUCGGCACUGCGCUUCUUGACGGCCACGUACCUCAAGCUCCAGAUCCAAAACGAUGCGUCGGGGCACUGCAGUAUUGAAGACGCGACGUGCACAAUGAAGCUCGCCCAGCUCAAAAUCGCCAAAGGACCGAGCUUUCCAGGCACGCAGGCCAAGCAACACGCGUCGCGUAAGCUCGUGAACGAGCUCGCGAAACUCAAAAAGUCGGCAUUGAUUGUCGACUCGGCGAGCGCGUGCCGGUCCCUGGCCGGGAGCACGGCCGGCGCGAUUCCGUGCCCGACGCUCGACAAGGUGGUUCAUAUUGUCAAGCAACAGCUCACGACAGGAUGCCCGCCCCACUUUACAUGGGCCCGCGCCGCACUGCCGACAGAGUUCGAUGCUGCCGCUGCCGUCGCGUCGAUCCACGCGGCCCUGCCGCCGGCGUCGAUGCUGCUCGUGCUCACAACACCUCCAACGAGCGAGCUCAAAGAGCUCCACGCCAUUCGCACGUCCCGCGGCGACCCGCGUUCGUCACUCCUCUGGGACAAGACGAUGCAGACGAAGCUCGAUGUCGUCGCGACAGCAGCCCAGCACGGCGUUGUGCAGCUGUUUGCGACGCCACCGAACAGUGCCGAGUAGAUCGUAGAUGGUAGUAACAAUCGUAGUACUGCAGAGAGUGAGUAGCAUUGGCCA